AUGUCUUCUUACGGAGGGGGGUACGGAGGAUACGGCGGAGGAUAUGGGGGGAUGGGUAUGAGCAGGCUGGGUGGUGGCUAUGGAGGAUAUGGCGGGGGGUAUGGGAUGGGCGGUUAUGGUGUCGGUGGGAUGGGCGGGCCUGGCGAGGGCUACCCAACAUUGACGUCUUCUCUCCAAGCAAGCACUGCCCCAGCAUUUGCCGUCCUCGAAUCGCUCGUCACAGCAUUCACCUCCCUCGCCCAGCUUAUCGAAUCCACCUAUAUGGCCACCCACUCGUCAUUCUUUGCCAUGGUCGGCGUCGCAGACCAACUUGGGUCUCUCAAGACGUACCUCGGACAGGUGCUUGGUGUGUUCUCAGUACUGAGAUUAGGAAGGCGGGUGCUCGCUUGGUUGAGGGGUAAAGGCAAGGGUGUGCGUGCAGAUGGAUGGGCGAACGAGUGGUCGCAUGCCGUUCCCGGUUCUGCCCCAGGCAUCCCAGCCCCAGGAGGCAGACCGUCCAUCAAACCCCUCAUUCUCUUCCUCCUUUCCUCAAUCGGCCUGCCUUAUUUAAUGUCACGCCUCAUAAAGCUGCUCAUCGCUCAUCAGCAACAACAAUUAUCAUCUGAUCAGACUUUGGGUGUCUCGCCGGCGAUAGGAGCGGAUGGGCAGAUUGACCCGACCAAGCUAGAGUUUGUGCGUGCGAAAUGGGAGUUCAAGGCGUCGGAAGAGUGGGAGCUGGGACUGGGGAGGGAUGAGAUUGUGGCGAUUCUGGAAAAGAGGGGGACAGCGAAUGGGGCUCAGGGUGAAGGCUGGUGGAGAGGGAGGACGAGGGAUGGGAGAGUGGGGUGGUUCCCGGGAAACUAUGCAAGUGGUCUCUAUGCGUCGGGUGAAUGA